ACGCAUUUUGUCAAAUCAAGGCGUAGGGACGGUAUCACGGUAAAAAACACUAUAAUUAAAAUUCCAGUACAAGUCAACGAGUAUUCAUGCACCCAAUGUUAAAAAUCUGUAACAAUGCUUGUCGCAAAGAAACUUUUAACGUCCCAGAUAUCAAAUAUCGUUACUUCCGUCACUAGAAACUAUAAGGUGACCAUCGUCGGUGGAGCAAGUGAGAUCGGCCAAACGGUAAGUUUGAUGCUGCGAGCCCAACCUUCAAUCACCAAGCUGAAUAUCCAUGAUACCCUCAACCAGACCCCAGGAGUCAUUUUAGACUUGUCUCACAUACCUGCAGAAUCAAUACUCAAGGGCUUUUCGGGCGAAGAAACCUUAGAGCGAGCGCUGAAGGAUUCAGACAUAGUCCUUGCAACUGGAGGAAGCACACGCACUCCUGGGACGUCUAAAAAAACAUGGCUCUCAAACAACACGGAAUUCAUCAAAAUGUUCUCCAGCAAAAUAGCCAAAAUAAACCCAUUUCCUUUCGUGGGAAUUCUCACAGAACCGAUAAACAUUCUUGUUCCUAUGUCAGCUGAAAUAAUGAGGAACCACGGGGACUACGACCCAAAGAAAUUGUUCGGGAUUGCCACGAUAGAUCACCUCCGAGCCCAAUCGUUGUAUGCUUUGGAGAACAAUUUGAACCCUCGUAACUGCAUGGUACCAGUCAUAGGCGGGCGAUCGGGGAAGACCGCGAUACCUCUGAUAUCUCAGGCGAAGCCGGCUUGUCCAAUGAACGAGAAAACUAUACAGGAGUUUACUUCAAGGAUACGUAAAUGCGACGAGAAUAUAAUGGAUGCCAAGAAGGGUUGGUCGUCUACUUUGUCACCUGCCUACGGUGCUCUGAUGUUCACGCGAUCGGUAUUGGAAGCGCUUGAUGGCCGCCCUGCUAAAGUCGCGGCUUACAUCGAAAAUAAUGACUUUGGAACUAAUUACUUCGCGGGAAUAGUUAAUGUGAAUAGUAACGGUGCUGCUGAAAUGCAGAGGUACACUGACUUGUCCAAAUUCGAAUGCCACUUACUGGAACGAAGCAUUGAGCAAAUAAGAAAAGACGUUAUCAAAGGAAAGAAGAUUCUCGAGUUAGCUUAACUUGUAACGUUUAAUUUUUCCAGUUGUGCAAUAUGAUGGUGUCUUUUUAUAAUGGAAUUUAUUAUGAAGAUAAUAAACACGCAAAUACCAAUUAAUAGAUCCAUUUAUUUACACUUAACGCGAUGUUCUUACAAUCGUAACAACAACCAAACGCACGUAUCACAGAGAACAAGUAAUAAAAAUUCAUUUAACAUUGACUACGAAAUUAAAGAACAAUUUUUAUACUAGAAAAAUAUACUAAACUAUCACUAAACUAGGAAUCAAUACUGAACACUCCUUUUUGGCAAUUCAUAGUGAUAUUACUCCGAUGUAUGAGACUACAAUGCAUUAAGUGUAUUUUAAACUUAAUAUAAAAGAGCAUUAAUUGCUUAAACAAUGUAAACUUCUUAUUAUUAAUCAAAUAUCAGCUUGUUUCAUUAGAUCACAACCAAACUGAAAUUAUUUAUGAACUCCAAUCCACUUUAUUGCAAUACAAUUUAAUCUGUACUGAACUUGGAACAGAUAUGUUUCAUAUUUAAUUUUUAGUCAUAAUCACUUACCGAUGCCCUUUACAUUCGAUUUUUACAAAUUAAACAUGAAAUUCUUUAGUACAAAAAUUCAUUACAAAAUUGUUCUCUGUAAAAUUAUAUCCUUAUCCUAAAAUAUCAAUUUGAACUCUUUUGGCUUUAGAAUAAUGACAAUAAUUU